AUGUCGCAAUCUCGAAUACUUGAUCUGGUGAAGACGCAAUGUCGCAUCUUCUCCACGACCUUCAAUCCGCAGCGUCUCAGAUUGGGCAAUAAGAUUUUGCGGCAACGGCUUCGAGGCCCUGCACUAGCAGCAUGGUAUCCGAAGAAGAUCGUUUCUUUCCAGGAUUUGCAGAACACAUAUAAGCCUCUCGGCUUGACGACAUUCGAUGAGGCAGAAGAUGACCGCGAGGAGGCUAUUCAAAUCACAAAACUACGAGGAAAGGGACGCCCCAAGAAGAAGAGGACUGCUGCAGAAUCGAGAGCCGCAAAGAAGAAGAAAUAG